AUGAACCCAGACGAGAGGGAGGCACAAGAAAGAACGCUAGCUAAGCUGCAAUGGUUGAAUGAGCGAAGCAAGCUCGACUUCCGUGGGAAUCCGGCCCCGUUCGAGACAAAGAAGACGCUGAGGUCCGUAGAGCAAGCGAAGCGGGCGAGGGUGCGUUCACUCGCAGGGACGUCGGACUUUCUCCCCUUCUGGCACGGGACAGCCCCGCUGGCAUUGGAUGCGACCCGUAGCAACUACAUUCAGGUUGACCAAGGCUCAAAGCCAUCCUGCAGGAGGUCGGGCAGAGCCUCCUACGGCGCGCAAGCCGUCGACCCUUCUACAGGUCUCACAGAGGUGCAACUUGCGCUGAGCUGGAGUGUUCCGCAUCCUGCGGUUUCGAAGCCACGCAGCCCUGUAGGAAUGUCCACAGAUGGUGCACAAGCAAGAGUGCAAUGUGACUCUUUGUAUCUGCAAAGCUUGUCACCCGAGGAGCGGGCGACUGCGUGUCGCGCGUACUUGCUAGAGCACCCCAAGUGCACCACUGAGAGCUUCCGGGCCCAUCGGUCGAGAUGGGCGGCCUCUACUCAGCUCAGCGCCCCAAUCGUGAAGCCUCCGCCGAAACGGCCGCAGAACGCCGCGCUUCAGCGGCCAAACUCAGUGCGCGUUGUACACCUGCUUCACUCUUUGUGA